AUGUCGGUUCGUGCCGUCGGGAGAAGCAUUGUGCAGAAGAGUCCAACUGAUGUCAUUGUCCUUUCGGCUGUGCGAAGUCCCAUCACCAGGGCGUUCAAGGGAGGCUUCAAAGACGCUUGGCUAGAGGAUGUACUUCGACCUGUGAUGAGAGAGGCAGUUAUCAGAGCGAAGAUCGAGACAGAGGACGUGCAGGACGUCCUCAUCGGCAACGUCUUGGCUGAACUCGGUUUCGCCAAGACAGGAAGAAUGGCACUCCUCGACUGCGGCUUCCCUGCCAGUACCACCUUUCACACAAUCAACAGGCAGUGCUCCAGCAGUCUACAGGCCAUCACGCACCAGGCGCAUGCCAUAAUGGCUGGUCAAUUCGAUGUCGCCCUGGCCGGUGGGGUGGACAGCAUGACACGUAACUACGGUUCUCGCGGCCGUCCAACGGACGUGUCUCCUUCUCUCCGAGCAUCCAACGUCAAGCAGGCCACCGACUGUCUCUUGGCCAUGGGUGAGACAUCGGAGCGUGUUGCCCAACGGUACGGCAUUACACGCCAAGAGCAAGAUGACUUUGCUUUUCAGAGUCAUCACAGGGCACUGGUGGCCUGGAACGCAGGUAAAUUUGCGUCAGAGAUAGUCCCAGUUACCUACCAGGCUCCAAGCGAAACAGACAAGGAAGGGCUGCUGACAACCUUUACCGUGCCGCAGGAUGAUGGCAUCCGACCCAACGUGAGUAGAGAGAAAUUUGGAAAUCUGGAGCCAGUGUUUGGCAAACAAGGCCAAAGCACCGCAGGCAACUCAUCGCAGAUAUCCGACGGCGCCUCUUCGGUGAUACUUGCUCGAAGGCCGUUUCGCAGGCACACAGGUGAGGGGAUGCGAGCCGGAUGA